GUGCAGCCGCCGGCCUGGCCUCCUCUCGGCUUCAUCGCCCUACCUGCGGAGCGAUGGGCCACCAGGGCUUGGGCCGCGGCAGCUGCCUGAGGAAGAAGCCCAGGCCUGCCUUCAGGCGCCGCCACAAUCUCUGCCUGUGCUCGCUCAGGGGAGUCGCCAAGGCAAACGCCCGCCCGUCGCCGGCCGCUAAACAGCCGCUGGCUCCUGCGUUGUCUUUAGUCAGCCAGAAAUGGAGCAGAUCUGCAUUGGAACGAUAUGUGUUGGGGUCGAGAGAUGAUGAAAGGAGAAUUAGAUCAAAUAGAAGAGGUCGUAAUCACACUAUGAAUCACAAAGGUGGCAAUGUUGGCAAGGGGGUCUUGAGGAAAACAUACCCGCACUCAGUCUGUCAUGUGCUGGAUCUUGACAAAACAGGUUCCCUGAUACUGGAUGGCCCUCCAGAAGUGGCGGUGCUGAUGUGGCAGGAGCCUCAGGACCAGCUAUCGAGCACUCUUCACCUCAUUUCCCUGACCACACCCAGUGUCCCAUCCAGAGCCGAGGAACACAGGCGCACAUGGUUCAUGUGCCGAUCUAAUAAAAGUCCUUGGAUCUGCCUGACUUGCUCAGCUGUCCACUGUGGAAGAUACGUAAAUGGCCAUGCAAAGAAGCAUUAUGAAGAGGCCCAGGUUUCUUUAACUAACCACAAAAAAGCAGAAAAGCAAGAGAAAAUUCAACACACGGUGUGCAUGGACUGCAGUACUUACAGUACAUUCUGUUAUCGCUGUGAUGACUUUGUAGUGAAUGAUACCAAGCUGAGCCUGGUACAGAAAGUCCGAGAACACCUCCAAAAUUUGGAAAAUUCAGCUUUUACAGCAGACCGACAUAGGAAAAGAAAACUUCUGGAAAAUUCCUCCCUAAACAGCAAAUUGUUAAAAAUAAAUGGGAGCACUGCAGUCCUGUGUGCUACAGGACUUCGGAACCUGGGUAACACGUGUUUCAUGAAUGCAAUUCUUCAGUCACUCAGUAACAUUCAGCAGUUCUGUUGCUACUUUAAAGAAUUGCCUGCAGUGGAGCUUCGGAAUGGAAAGACUGCAGGCCGGCGAACUUACCAUACCCGGAGCCAAGGGGAUAACAGCAUUUCAUUGGUAGAAGAGUUUCGGAAGACUCUGUGUGCUCUGUGGCAAGGGAGCCAAACAGCGUUCAGCCCUGAACCAUUGUUUUAUGUCGUUUGGAAAAUCAUGCCAAAUUUUAGGGGGUACCAGCAGCAAGAUGCCCAUGAAUUCAUGCGUUACCUUUUGGACCAUCUGCACUUGGAACUCCAAGGAGGAUUCAGUGGUGUUUCCUGCUCAGUCAUCUUGCAAGAGAAUUCUGGUCUUUCUGGUGCCAGUAGAUGCUGCAUAAACGGGACAUCUACAGUUGUCACCGCCAUCUUUGGAGGCAUUCUUCAGAAUGAAGUCAACUGCUUGAUAUGUGGGACUGAAUCCAGAAAGUUCGACCCAUUCCUAGACCUUUCGCUAGAUAUUCCAAGUCAGUUCCGAAAUAAACGUUGUAAGAACCAAGAAAAUGGGCCAAUGUGUACAUUACGGGAUUGUCUCCGCAGUUUUACAGACCUGGAAGAACUUGAUGAAACAGAACUCUACAUGUGCCACAAAUGUAAAAAGAAGCAGAAGUCCACAAAGAAAUUCUGGAUUCAGAAACUACCAAAGGUGCUAUGCUUACAUUUGAAACGCUUCCACUGGACAGCUUAUCUGAGGAACAAAGUGGACACGUAUGUGGAGUUUCCCCUGAGAGGCCUAGACAUGAAGUGUUACUUGCUAGAGCCUGAAAAUAGUGGUCCAGACAGUUGCCUGUAUGACCUUGCGGCUGUGGUUGUGCAUCAUGGUUCAGGGGUUGGCUCUGGACAUUAUACAGCCUACGCAGCUCAUGAAGGCCGAUGGUUCCAUUUCAAUGACAGCACAGUGACGCUGACUGACGAGGAGACGGUGGGGAAAGCCAAGGCCUACAUCCUCUUCUAUGUAGAGCGGCAGGCCAAAUCCACGCCUGAUAAACUUUAAUACCUUUUCUCACCCUUUGCAUAUCAAGUCUAACGGACAAAACAUUUCCAAUCCUCCACAGAUACUUGAUCCAAGACUCUUGAUUUCAUUGUGCACUUUUCAAAUUUUUUCUUGUGGGUUCUGGUUUUACUUGUCAGUAGUAGCAUUUGAUUUGUUAAAAAAUGGACACAAGCUAACUUUUGUUAGUUACACCAGAAAAAAAUGGAUUUGCUGCUUUAACUCGGUUUUUAUAUAUAGUUUCAAGAGCUACUCUAGUUGUUUGACUUUUGUCUAUCAGUGUUGGAGUUUGCUUUCUAAAGGCGCAUUUACAUCAAAGAAACUUGAAUCCUUGUAAUAAGCACAUUUGUAUACCCAAUUAUGAAAUAGUCUCUGGUAGCUUUUUCAGUUACUACGUGAGGCUUCUUCCUCUUAAGAUCAAGGACUUGUACCAAAUACUUUACAUGUGGACAGA